AUGACCUUCAGACACCCAUGUAGGAACAUCAGUUCCAAAAGUCUUUAUCAAUCUCUCGAAAAUAUGUACGGUUCUGGAAACUUUGAUGUCGACGUUGAACAGAACGUCUUCGUCGUCACUGUUUACGAGAGCUAA